AGCAGACAGGCCAGAAGGAGCAAACUCCAGCAGGGGAGGAUCGGGGAGGCCGGGCUCCACCCUAAAGGCAGCCAUUCUUCCAUAAAGUGCUCACCUUUAAAUACCAAAAGAGCACAUGCCAAGUGCAUGCCGGGUGCUGGCAGCUAAGGACGGUGGAGGACCUGCCUGCACCCCGAGGCUGCAAGUGAUGGGAUGGGCCCCCCAGGCCCGUGGAAGCCCAACUGGCACCCAGUAUGGCCGAGUUAAGGGGAGUCAGGGCCUCAGGAGCAAAAGUCCCAGAAAGGAGCAGCCCCGAAUUUGGGGACAUGGCCCAAAUAAUGGAGUUCCAUGGAAGCCACCGGGCCCCAGGAAUGGGAGUGCUGGGCCCAAGAGGACGCGCCCUCCUCAGAACAGCAAAGAGGAAGGGGAUCAGGAGGAUGCAUCGCUGGGGGCAGCGGCCUGGAAGGCUUCCUGGAGGAGGGGCAUCCGAGCAGGUUUGGUGGCCCCGGGAUGCACCGGGUGCACCGGGUGGAGGCGACGCCAGAGCCUCCAGGAAGAGGACCGAGGCGGGGCCGCCCCGGGCCGCCCAGUGGGCGAGGCCUUGGCCGCGGCUCCUCCCCAGAGCCCGCCCCGAGCCUGCGCACUGCGGCGCUCCGGCCCCUGUGGGCGUUACAGCGGCUUGGAACUUAUCACUACCCUUGAGGUCCCCAAAGAUUUGGAGGGGACAGGGGCGUGGUCAGGGCGGCCGCUCUGGGGGCUUCGGGAGCGGGCCUCAGGAGGCCCCGCUGCAGGCAGGGCCUGAGGGGAGCCGUCCAGAGGCUCCUGCCCUGGGCGGCCCUGCCUGGUGCCCCCACCCCCAGGAUGUCACUCCCACUCGGGGUCCAGCCCGACUGUGCCCCCGCAGCUGUGCCUUGGCCCCUGCCUCCUCGCCCCGAGUCCCGUGUCCUCGUCUGACAAGUGGGACACUGUGAGCACAGAAGGAGCUCCCGGCUGGGACCUUGGUCUCGGAU